AGGUCCCAUGGAGGUCCACCGGAAGGGGAGGGACUUCGCCACUCUAUGAUCCGGGAACUGCUCAGAAACCUCCUUUAUUGUCAAUUAUUUCAGCCCCUACGUGUCAGCUGAUAUGACUAAGAUGGCACAGGCCUUCAACACAACAGUAGCUGCUCUGGAGGACGAGCUCACUCAGCUCAUACUGGAGGGGCUCAUCAACGCACGCAUCGACUCCCACAGCAAGAUCCUGUAUGCGAGGGAUGUGGACCAGAGGAGCACCACCUUUGAGAAGUCGAUCCACAUGGGCAAAGAGUUCCAGAGACGAGCCAAAGCCAUGAUCCUCCGAGCGGCCGUGCUCCGCAACCAGAUCCACGUCAAGGUACAAACAUCUCUACAUCACAUAACGUCUACGUUAAUGUUAACACACUAACGGAUGACAAUGCAA